CCGCGUCGGAGAAAAAAAUAAAUUGAAAAUUUAUGCCUUCAACAUUUUCUAAAAAUAUACUACUUUACCACGAUAAUUUUUUAAAUGAACUGAACCUAUGCGUGCAUGUAACUACAUACUUCAUGCAGUUGUAUGUGUCUCACUCCUGAUGAAGUCGCACUAGUUGGAGGAACUUGAUAUAUUGGUACAAACGAUGACUAUUGUAAUGAGAGAAUCCCCUGCUGAGGGGGAACAAGGGGGUGACAGCCCAAACCCUGCAGAUACCCCUGCCCAACCACAAGGCCCACAGCCAGUCCAACAUGAUGAAGGUCUUGGAGAUGAAGAACAAACAGAGGAGGGUGCAAUCCCAGAAUUCCCUUACAAUGAGCUAUCUAAACUAGAGGAAAUGAUCAACCGACCUAGGUGGGUCGUACCUGUCUUACCAAAGGGUGAACUAGAGGUCCUCCUUGAAGCGGCUAUAGACCUCUGCAAGAAAGAUGAGGAUACCAAAAGUGAACCAUGUCAGAGGUUUUUCAGAGAAGGCCUAACAAUCUCAUUUACUAAGAUUUUGACAGAUGAGGCUGUUAGUGGCUGGAAAUAUGAAAUACACAGAUGUAUAAUGAAAAACUGUGAAAGAUUGGUCGAGCUGUGUGUUGUGAAACUACCACAUGAUUGGUUCCCGUUAUUGGACCUUCUGGCCAUGGUCCUCAACCCAACAUCAAAGUUUCAUUGCUACAAUGGUACCAGACAGAGCGAGAGUGUACCCUCUGGAUCGUCACUAGCUGAGGAUGAGUUAUUUGCGCGUCCCCCAGAUGCAAGAACCCCCAAAGGCUGGCUUGUGGACUUAGUGAAUAAAUUCGGACAGUUGGAGGGAUUCCAGAUUAUUCUCGAUAGAUUCACUAAAGGGGCGAAUCUCAGUGUAUCAUUGGUAGCAGCUCUUAUAAGACCGUUUGGAUUGUGUUAUGAAGUCCUUACUCCCCAUACAGUGCAGAAAUACUUCAUGCCAAUUGUCGAAAUGGUGCCUAAGUUCCUGGAUGCACUUACAGAUGAUGAAUUGAAAAAGGAAUCCAAAUCUGAAGCUAAAAAUGAUGCACUUUCUGGUAUAAUCAAAGCACUGAAGUGCCUUGUGUCGAGGCUCUCUGGGCAGGAAGAAAAAGUGAAAGAUCUGGAGAUAUUUAGGCUUAAAAUGAUCCUUAGACUUUUACAAAUCUCAUCUUUCAAUGGCAAGAUGAAUGCCUUGAAUGAAGUGAACAAAGUUGUCACCAGUGUAUCGUACUACACACACAGACACAGCCAAACAGAGGAGGAUGAGUGGCUGACAGCGGAGAAAAUGGCCGAAUGGAUCCAAGAGAACAACGUCCUUUCUAUUGUCCUAAGAGACAGUCUCCACCAGCCUCAGUAUGUGGAAAAACUAGAAAAGAUACUGCGUUUCAUGAUUAAGGAGAAAUCUCUCACGAUGUUGGACCUAGACAGGUUAUGGGACGCACAGGCUGGGAAACACGAGGCCAUUGUUAAGAAUGUACAUGAUCUUCUCGCAAAACUGGCUUGGGAUUUCUCACCUGAGCAGCUGGAUCACCUGUUUGAAUGCUUCCAGGGAAGCUGGGCAAAUGCAUCUAAAAAGCAGAGGGAAAAGUUAUUGGAGUUAAUUAGAAGAUUGGCAGAGGAUGACAAAGAAGGAAUAAUGGCUCAUAAGGUCUUGGGGCUAUUAUGGAAUCUCGCAUACAGCGAUGAUGUUCCAACAGAAAUAAUGGAUCAAGCCUUAACAGCACACAUCAAAAUUCUGGACUACAGUUGUUCACAGGAUAGAGACAGUCAGAAAAUGCAUUGGAUCAGUAGAUUCGUUGAGGAAUUAAAGAAUGAGAAAUGGGUGAUACCAGCGUUGAAGCAAAUCAGAGAGAUAUGUACGCUUUUCACUGAGGCUCCAUCUAACUUUACCCAUGGCCAAAGGACUCCACAUACAUAUUAUAGAAACCAAGUGAUUAACAAACUUCAGAGCACUCACUCAAUUGUCAUGCUAGUGGCCCAGAAUCUUACCCUCUAUAUGAACAAUGCCAGAACACAUGCUAAAGAAAACCCCAAUCUGGAACCAGCAAACAUAUUCCCUGAUGGAAGGUUCAAUCACUCCCAACAAGUCCAAGAGCGGCUGAAAUUCCUAAGGUUUCUACUAAAAGAUGGUCAACUUUGGUUGUGUGAACCUCAGGCUAAACAGAUCUGGUGCUGCCUAGCAGAGAACGCCAUCUAUCCUUCAGAUAGGGAAUCGUGUUUUAAAUGGUUUUCAAAGCUUAUGGGGGAAGAGCCUGAUUUAGAUCCUGAAAUCACAAGGCAGUUCUUCGAACAAAACAUCUUGCAGUUCGAUCCUUCACUUCUUUCUGAAAAUGGCAUAAAUUGUUUUGAGAGGUUUUUUAAGACAGUCAACUCUAAAGAAGGGAACAUCACAGCUAAGAGACGCGGAGGAUACAUGAUGGAUAAUGUUGAACUUAUAGGUCUGGAGUAUUUAUGGAGAGUUGUCCUGUACAGCCCAGAUGAGGUAGCAGAAAAAGCAAUAUAUUUAUUGAAGGAUAUUUAUACCAAUCUUGGACCCAGGCUACAGUCCAACCAGGUUGAAAUUCAUGAGGACUUUUUACAAGACUGCGUUGAUCGCCUAAAAGCCUCAUACGAUACAAUAACAAUCCUUGAAAAGGAUAAAGACAGUAUGAACAGAGUUCAUCAAGAGGCUCAGAGAAUGAUCAGAGUACUCACAAUGUGGAAAGAGUACGUCGCUGAAUGUGACGACGCGUAUGGUGAAGAACGCACGAUUUUACCACUAGGACGUGCUUGUAGAGGAAAACAUUUGGCUCUGCUGGUCAGAUUUCCAAACCAAGGCCGGCAAAUUGAGGAUAUAGAUUUGUGGUCGCAUACUAAUGAAUCAAUCGGCUCUGUGAGGAGACAGAUUUUGCAUAGGGUUAAGCCUAACAAUAGCAACCUAAAGGUGGAUUUAUAUGUGAAUGGCGAACUUUUGGAACCAAGUGACGAUAGGCGACUUAUUCUUCAUAUUCCCAUCAGAGACAAAACUUUGAUAACUGCCAAGCUGUGUCAAGCAGGGAGUAAUAUGCCAUCUAGUCCAGACAGUAGUUCAGAUAGUAGUACAGGCUCACCCCAUUCUCCUUAUGAGGGUCCUAAUAUAGAGGCUGAAAGCUGUCUACCGGGAGUGAUCAUGGCCAACAAUCCAAGAUACGCCACAUUCCUACUACAAAUGGCUGACUUAGGAAGUAGAGUGAACUUUCCCAAACUGAGGGAGGGAGCCAGACAGGUUCUGAAGCUUAUGCCUCCAGAUAAUGCCAAAGUUGAAGAGAUCAAAAAGUUAUGUGAGACAGCAGCCAAGGGUGAUGCAGCAACUAGUCAAUCUUUAGAGUCAUUGUACUUUGGGCCUAGCUCAGCAGUAGUCCUAUACAAUCUAGAGGUGUCAUUCUGCCUAUUAAUGCCAAGUCAGAAUGUGAUGUCAGAGGAAGCCUUUGAGUUCCAAUUCAACUACUUGAAGAGUGGAGGGGUGGGGGCCGCCCUAAGUAUGAUCACCAAGAACAACUUCAUUCCAAGUGCUGAUAUCUCAACUAAAAGAUCUGCCUACCUGACUGUACUUAAGAUCUGCAAGUUGGUUCUGACCACAGUUGGCCAUUCAAUGGUACAAGUCGUAGCAGACGCCUGUCAGACUGAGGGGGGAAGCCCAACUGUGUCUGCCAGUCAGCACAAUCACGCAGUAGUCCUCCAACAAGCGCUACAUCAUAUACCCAAUCCUAACUCUGAGUGCAUGACCAGGAAUGUGGCUAUACGUUUGGGGCAACAGUUAGGAGAACAGGCCACUGGGGCACUACCAGAUCUUACAACAGUGAAGUCUAUAGAGAAGAUAGCUUGGGCAAGUUCAUGUGGAAGUCUCCCCUUGGUUCAUGCAACUAGUGAAGAUAUUCACAAAGCACAUGAAAGAAUGAAUUCACAAAGUAAUAAGCAGCCAGACCAAGAAGAUAUAUCUCUAUGUAGGGAAGCUCUGGAAGUGUUAACAGUCUGCCUGGCCCUCUCUCCCACCACUCUGGAGGCCCUCAUUAAAGACAAGGCCUGGCAGUGUUUCAUCAUAGAUCUUCUCUUACUCUGCAAAAGCAGAUCUGUGAGGGUUUCUGCAACAGAACAAUUUCUGCUGAUGGCCACAAAGUGCUGUGCAGGUCAUCGUCCACUUGUUUUCUUUGUCACAUUGCUGUUCACAGUUCUCUCAAAUACAGCCAAAGACCAUGCCAAACAGUCCCACGAGUACUUCCAGCUAUUGUGUAGACUUCUGAAUUACGCUUGUGCCAGUCAAGCCAUGUUACCAAAUGCUGACAAGCUGUUAGAUAACCAGAUCUCUUGGCUAAAGAAAGUCAGAGAACAAGUUUUGACACACGGGGAAACAAACACUGAUGAAGCUCUGCUCGAUGGCCAUCUUGGUAUCACUAGAGAACUUGUCUCUUUUCAAACACCUGAGAAAAAAUUUCAACUGGGUUCAGAAGAUGGAGGCUCCAAUCUCAUUAAAGAAUUAGUUGAAGAUUUUGUGUUCCCCGCAUCCAAGUUAGUGCUGCAGCUGCGAAAAAUGAAUGGAGAACUCCCCUCAGAGCAGGCUAUUCCUAUUUGUUCCACCCCUCUUACCAUUACUGCAGCAUUCGACUUGCUAGUUUCCCUAUGUACAGGUUGUGUACAAAGCCUGAAGGUGUUGGCAGAUAUGUUAACAGGCAUGUACUACCAAGGAACUGAGCCGCCAUUGGUCGAAUGGGAAUACCUGCCACCUAUUGGUCCGAGGCCAUACAAAGGUUUUGUCGGGCUGAAGAACGCUGGUGCCACCUGUUAUAUGAACUCUGUACUACAGCAGUUAUUUAUGAUUGAUCCAAUAAGAACGGGAAUUCUGGCAGUAGAGGGCGCUGCUAAUGAUAUUGAAGAUGAUAUUCAAGCUGAUGAGAAAUACGAGAAUGAGACGAACAUCGACAAUUUAGAAGAUGAGCGAAAGGAUGAUGAUAAACCAGUGUUAUCCAAAGAGGAGGAGAGGAAACAAUACAACCUUGGGCUACUGAAACACGUCCAGGCCAUAUUUGGGCAUUUAGCUUGCACACGAUUGCAGUAUUAUAUUCCUAGGGGAUUUUGGAAACACUUCAAGCUUCAGGGGGAGGCAGUUAACUUACGAGAACAGCAUGAUGCCUUGGAAUUCUUCAACAGCCUUGUAGAUAGUUUAGAUGAAGCACUGAAGUCCCUCUCUUACCCAACUGUUCUUUCAAAAGUUCUUGGUGGCUCAUUUGCUGACCAGAAGAUCUGUCAAGACUGUCCGCAUAGAUACUCCAGAGAAGAAUCAUUCACAACAUUGAACAUAGAUAUCAGAAACCAACAGAACCUAUUAGAAUCACUAGAGCAGUAUGUAAAAGGAGAUCUUCUGGAGGGAGCCAAUGCUUAUAGAUGUGAAAAAUGUGAUAAAAAGGUGGAUACUGUAAAAAGAAUGUGUAUCAAGAAGCUGCCUCCUAUUCUAGCCAUACAAUUGAAAAGGUUUGAUUACGAUUGGGAAAGAGAAUGUGCCAUAAAAUUUAACGACUAUUUUGAAUUCCCGAGAGAAGUCGACAUGGAACCUUACACUGUACAAGGCUUAGCAAGAAUAGAAGGGGAAGUGAUAGAAGAAGACGAAUUCUUUGAUCCAAACAUCAAACGUUGCACAAACUACCGUCUAGUUGGUGUGGUAGUCCAUAGUGGCCAAGCUAGUGGAGGCCAUUAUUAUUCCUAUAUCCUACACAGGCCAAAGGGGGACAGUCAUCCUAAAUGGUACAAGUUUGACGAUGGUGAUGUCACUGAGUGCAAAAUGGAAGAUGAUGAAGAAAUGAGAAACCAAUGUUUCGGAGGGGAGUAUCUAGGAGAAGUGUUCGACCAUUUACUCAAACGUAUGUCCUACAGGCGGCAAAAACGAUGGUGGAAUGCAUACAUUCUAUUCUAUGAGAAAAUAGAUGGACCAAAUAGUGUUUUAGACAAAGAACUUACAAAAAGCAUGCAGGAUCUAACCAUCACUAAUAAAACUAGUCAAGUGAAAAUGCCAAUGGCAAUUGAACGCUGCGUUAGGAAACAGAACAUCCAGUUCCUUCACAAUCGAAGUCAGUUCUGUGUAGAAUACUUCCAGUUCAUCCGUAAACUACUCAUGUGCAAUAAUCCCUAUAUACAGUUGCAAGGGGGACAUGAUAAAUUGAGUGCUGAUGCAGAGUCAUUAGCGAUGACAAGCAUCCAGCUGGCAUCAAAGUUUCUUUUCUCCGUGGGCUUUCAUACAAAGAAAAAUCUCAGAGGUGCAGCUAAUGAGUGGUACGACGCACUUAGUAUUCACUUACGGCACAGUAAGACUGUACGUAACUGGUUCGCACACACAGUGCUUUUCAGCCACCCUACCAGGUUCUCUGAGUAUCUAUUAGAGUGUCCGAGUUCUGAGGUGCGAACAGCAUUUAUGAAAAUCAUUGUAUUCCUGUCGCAUUUUUCACUACAAGAUGGCACAUGUCCCCCUCCCCUCAUGCCAGGUCUUUACACGUCUGACCAGCCAGCUGACCCCAAUGCCACUCUAAGUGACCACCUUCUAGUUGCAGUACUGAACCUUCUUAACAAGGAAGUGGCAGACCAUGGGAGGCAUCUGCCUCAAUAUUUCCACCUCUUCCUCAUGUAUUCAAACCUAGGCACUGCAGAGAAACAACAGCUGUUGAGACUAAACGUUCCCGCUACGUUUGUAUUGGUGGCGUUAGAUGAAGGCCCAGGUCCACCAAUCAAAUACCAGUAUGCAGAGCUUACUAAGUUGUACUCGGUCGUGUCUCAGUUGAUCAGAUGUUGCGAUGUUUCUAGUAGAUGCCAGUCUUCAGUUGCUGGUCAGUCACCACAGCCUAAUCCACAUGGUGAACAACUACAAGGCCAGUCCCCCAUCCCUCUACAAAGUAAGGUGACAGACAUCAUAUUUGGAAGGACAAGUUACGUCAAGAAACUCAUCGAAGAUGCCAACAAUUCAGAAGAAACAACCAAGUUGUUGCGAUUUUGUUCAUGGGAGAACCCUCAUUUCUCCUCUACUGUGUUAAGUGAACUUCUGUGGCAGGUUGCAUACUCAUAUACCUAUGAACUUCGACCCUACCUUGACCUUCUCCUACAGAUGCUCCUUUUGGACGAUUCAUGGCAGAAUCAUAGAAUCCAUAAUGCCUUAAAAGGAAUUCCCGAUGAUCGGGAUGGACUGUUUGAUACAAUUCAACGAUCUAAGAGCCAUUAUCAAAAACGAGCGUAUCAGUGUAUCAAAAUGAUGGUCGCGUUGUUUACUCAUUGUUUGCCAGCUCAGCAGAUGUUACAAAGCAAUGGAGAUCUUAAAAGGAAGUGGAGCUGGGCAGUGGAGUGGCUGAAUGAUGAACUGGAGCGGCAAAGGCCAUAUUCCGGCAACAACCAAUACACUUACAACAAUUGGUCUCCACCGGCACAGUCCAAUGAGACGUCAAAUGGUUACUUCCUGGAGCGCUCCCACAGUGCAAGAGUGACCCUAGCUAAGGCAUGCGAGCUUUGCCCUGAGGAUGAAAUUGAAGAUGAGGGUGAGGGAGAGGAACAGGAAGUGGGCUGUCAACCUGCUGACCCUCCUGGUUUUACCCCCGAGCAGGAAUCUUCUGUUCAGAAUAACCAAGUGAACACUGGGACAUAUACCCACAAUCCACCCAAUCCCACCAACCAGAUUAACAACCAAUUAAAUCAGCCGACACGGAGCCCAGCCACAACUGUACCAGGGAGAAGCUCUCCUGAGGAGGAGACUGGUGAACAACAACAUAUGGACACUACAAAAGAAUAGCAGAAUUCUAAUAAUUUGUGAAGUAUAAUUGAAAAUGAAUGAAGUUUUUAUUAUGGGAUGUUGACAAGUGUGAUGAUUCCAUGUGCUUUGGAUUGGUUCCAUGUUAAAGCCACUAUUUAUGAAAUGGAAUGGAUGGAAAAGCAAUAUGACAUCAUACACUAUUGUAACAUCACAAUUUGAGUGGAUAGACCACUAUGACAUCACAUAAAGA